UCCAUCUUUUUUAUUAUCUCUCUGCUUCUUCUGCUAUACAAAACCCUAAAAACUCUCUCUUCUCUCAGCUUCCUCCAUACCUCUGCUCUUCUCCAUUCUCUUCUCCAUAUUGCAGAAACAAAUUUCCUGAAAUCUUGGGUGCUAAAUUUACUCUCCACUUUUUGAAAUUAUGGACGUUGACAUGAUAAAAUCAUCAUCUUCUUCUUCCUCUGCAGAUCACCAUCACCACCAUCCUCAUCAUCAUCAUAAUCAAGAUCAGAUUGACAUGAUGACAAUGAUGAUGCAAAUGGAGAAACUCCCUGAUUUUUCUGACCCUUUUCACAACUCUUCUUCUUCUUCUUCUCCACCGCUUCAAGAACUUCAAUUCUCAAACCCUAAUUAUCCUCAUUCACUUCCAAACCCUACUAUUCCAUUCAUGGCCGCUUCUGUUCAACUUCAAGAACCGCCCAUUAUCCCCACCGCCUCUCUCCACCACCAUCAGAAUAAUAACAUGGUGGCAGCAAAAUUUAAGUAUCCACCUCAAUUCUCGAAUGCAAACUCAUUUUUAUCAUCAAUGGAGAAGAAAAACUCCACAGCAGCUAUCCGAGAGAUGAUUUUCCGAAUCGCGGCGAUGCAGCCGAUUCAUAUCGACCCGGAAUCAGUAAAGCCACCGAAGAGAAAGAAUGUGAAAAUAUCUAAAGAUCCGCAGAGCGUAGCAGCACGACAUAGACGAGAAAGAAUUAGUGAAAGGAUUCGGAUUCUUCAAAGAUUAGUACCGGGUGGUACUAAAAUGGACACGGCUUCAAUGUUGGAUGAGGCUAUACAUUAUGUUAAGUUCUUGAAGAAACAAGUUCAAUCUUUAGAACAAGCUGGUGCUAAUAGAUCAUCGAUGGGUUCGCCGUUAAUCUCGGGAUUAGCAAUGCCUAAUAUGGGUUACUCUUCGUUGAUGAAGUACUGUCAGCCUGCUGCUCAUCCUAAUAUGGUUAGCUCAAUGCAGAUGCUUAGAUAAUUAAUUAAUUAUGUUAAGUGUUGAUUAAUUGUGAGUGUACGUGUUACUACUAUAUACUGCUUUUGAUCAAGCUGUAUUAUUACAUUGUAAAUUAAUUAAGUAAUAUUUGAGUUUUUUUUUAUUUGUGUAGCU